CUCUUUCAGAAGAAAAGUUUGAGAAAAUCUCAUAGUUGACUGUCAAGUAAGAUGAAUCUAAUUGAAUUAGGAUGAAUCUAAUUGAAUUAAGCUAUCUGUAAUUAACAAUGAAACAACGAUUAAAGUGAGUGGCUAAUAAGAAAAAUUAAAAAAUUGGUUGAAUGACAAAAGUAAAAAUAAUUGAUAAUUCGAGUGACCAAACGUAUAAUUAGCCACUGAGAAUGAACGGGAAAAGCUCACUAAUAAAUAUCGAACAGCAUAUGGGCAUAUGGCUGUUUCUCCGUUCGUCGUCCAGUUCUUGUACAUGAGCCAUUCAGCACCACCGUUCAAGCUCGAUCUCCGGUCCGUUUCCUCUAUUCUGAAGACUCAUAUCUUUUGGGGUCGUUUACAUUUUACCACUUAAUUUCAGUCUGUCCACUUUCCGAUUAUGGUUGUCUAUGAUUGUAGGAAACGAUAUCUGGUCUUCUUUAAUCAUAUCUGUUGAUCAUUCGCUUUGGGGAUGAACCUCAGCAUUUGCAUUUGAUGUUUUUUUUGGUUGAGUCCCUUCUUGCAUGCGGCGGAAACGGAGGGGUUUUUUUUUUGCCGCAUUUUGCGGAGUUCUGUAGGAGUUUGUAUUUUCUUUCGCGGGGUUUUCUCCUCAACUUUCCCUUUUCGGUUUGAAAAAGGUCUGUUUCCUGUGUGAGAUUUGACCUAAUGUUCGGCCAUGUUUGAUGUUUCUAUCCUUCUUCCUGCUGCUUCUUCAAGGUUAAUUAUCUGCAUGCACCUUGGAAGCCGUCAAAUCUAUGUACAUGAAUUUGGGUUAAAGCUUUUAGUGCAAUGAGUCAAUCUUUAGGUCGCCUUGGAUUAAAGAAUGUCUCUUCUAUCAAUUGCGGGGAGCUUUGUUGAAUCCAAACGCAGCAUUGGGUUUCAUGAUCUCUUGGCUAGUUGUCGUUUCUAGUUGGUUUCGGCAUAGUUUGUAACUAUUUAUUGUUCAGUUUGUCGUUAGUAAAGGUUUCUCUAUUUGACCAUCUUCAGUUUUGCUAUAGUGUUGAUAACUAUGGAAGUAUUGCAGUAUCUCAUUGAGGGCUGAAGUGAUGCAUUUUCUCCUUUUCGUUUUGAAUGCUUUUAAGUCUGGGUUUAUCUUGGGAACAGAGGUCAAAAUGAACUUGGAGAAAGGUAAAGUGGGUGAUGCUUGCAUUUGUCAUCAAGCAGAAUGAGGACCAAACCUUCAUGGUUAAGUGUCAUAGCUUGAACAACUGCGAUGAUAUAGCAGCAAAGGUUGAUGCUGUAGUUGUAGAUUCUCUUCAUAAUUGGCCUUCUUCUCCUUGCAAAUUACGUUGCGAUUAUGACUUGCUGGAGCUUGUGAGUGUUAAGAUUGAUGGUAGUUGGCAGCAGGGAAAACUACUGGAGUUUUUGCUGGGAGAAAGUUAUAUGAUAACUUUUCAGCAGCAGAAAUAAUUAUUGGAUUUUUAGGUGGAAUUUAGGCUUCAUUCACAGCGGGAUGAUGGAGAAUCGAAAACUGAGUCAUCGGCUGUAUCAAAAGUGGAGGGUUCUGUUCAUCCCUUAACCUGGGCAUUUGCUUUUCAACUUUUCUUUCCUCCCUUUCCCUGAUAAGUUGCCAAGGGAAUUCUUAUUGAAAACUGUUUCUAAUCUUUGCAAAUUUGUCUCCUUUUCUGGUACUAACUAUAUGGAUUCAUUCAUUGUGUUUUGUUUUUGGCAUGCCUGUUGCAAUUGGCAGAAGCAACUCUAUUGGGCUUACAGUCUGGUCAAUCAAUGGCCUGGCAUUACGAACUGAACUAAAAUAUUGGUUGUGCUUCCACAUUAUUAUAUCAUUUUAUGAUACUCUUAGUUAUAACUUAUAAGUGGUAAUUUUAUUUAUAUUUACUUGGUCUCCUGUGGAAUGUGUUUCUGACAGAAACAUAUGUUGGGUGGUACUUAUUCAUUGUAAACCUCCGAGCACCCAGAAAGUUGUGUAUAUCUCAUAACCUCCAAUGUUUUAGCCUCAGGAACCUGUGAUAGCUCUCAGUCACCUGGAAAAGCUGGAUUCUCAUGGUUCUGCUUCUGGCAAUCUUGGACUAGCUGUAACUCCUGUUUAAACCUGCUGCACCCAACAAUAAACCCAAAGAGGAAAUACCUAGAUCCUCAACUACAAGGACUAAUGGUGGAUGAUUCAGCUGUGUGCGCUAAAACGCCCGUCUCAGAUGUCUCGACCUCAAGGAAGAAGAAGAAGUUCAAACUAGACACAGUUAUGGCCAAUUGCCUUAUUUGGAGUGCUGAUUUUCCUGAUAAGGGAAGUAAUCAAGGGCACGGUACCAUUACAGACGUCAAGAAAGCUAAGGGUGUACCGGAAGAACUCCCUAUUGCCUUAGGGUUGGGGGCCAUUGAUAACAAGUGUUGGAUGAAUCUCGCGAGGAUGAAUUCAGUGGAACACAGUCAGCAGAAAGUUGCAGGGAGUCAAGGAAGAAAGAGUGUCACAGGCAACCAGCAGAACGUUGUAGGGAGUCAAAGAAGAAAGAGGGGUAGGCCACGUAAAGUAGUUGGCACAAAUCCAAUGACUGAGACUGGUAUCGAAAUCAGUGACACUGUUAAUGGUAGUCAAAUGGUUGUAAAGGUUGUGACUGACCAUGAAGUUGGAGGACAAUUGCAGCCAGAGAAUGAGUAUGCAGAUGCUAUUAAUGAACGGGUGAUGAAGAUUUCUGAUGAUGUUCCUGGAAUAGAGAGUUUGGGAAAUCAAGCUACUGAUUUGGUACUUUCUACAUCUGGGGGUGUUGUCGAAGAUCAUCAACCUCUAUCAAUAUGGCUUGGAGGACUCAGCUGCUCAUCGACAAGUACGGAUGAAGGUAAUGGAUUGUGUGAUGGGAAACAUAGGCAGCAAGUUGUUACUCUGGCAACUUCUCCUCCAGUUAGUACCAGUUCUGAUGAUGCUUUGCCUUUCGUGAAGAGGUCACCACUUUGGGCAAUACUUGAAUCCGAGGAAAUAUUCCAGACCAUGCCACAUAAACCUCAUUUCCUUCCCCUAAUGGAAUGCAAAGAGGAUUACCGCGAAGGCGUAGCGAUUGGUAUCACGGCAACUUUCCUCAAUCUGUUAAAAAAAAUAUCCAGCCUUGGCAUUGAUGAUUCCAGGACCUUGUUCGAAACCACCCUCGACAGUUUAUCCGAAAUGGAAAUGCAUGGGUUUGAUGUCACUUUGCCACGAGGCCGCAUAAACAAGCUGCUAUCGAUCAGGGAACCGUUGAGCGAGUGUCCGGACAUUGUCAAGAAUGCUGAAAGGGAGCUGCAACAGCAUUCCGAGGAGAAGAGAAAGCUGGACGCAGCGAUCCAGCACAUCCAAAAGGAGAUAUCGGCGUUACAACAAACACUGGCCACAACCAAGAUGGAGCUAGAUGCUAAUGAAGCCAGAACUGCAGUUGUGCAAUCGUGGGUUGAUGAAAUGAAAGGGCGCUUCGAGAAUGCCAGGAAUGAGUUCAAGCGUGUAGCAGCUGGCCCUUGGAAUUAAGGUACACCAAUAGUGAAUGGUAUCCUUAUGGAAGAAGCUACAUUGUUAGAAUUUAACUAAUACUUGCAAAUGACGAGGCUUGAGCUUGACAUGGAUAUGCAUUUUAGAUCUCUGUAUUAGCUUGCUCCUGACUUUUAACUACUGUUUUUUUCUUCUUCUUUAUGUUAACCAAUAUCAGGUUUGAACAUUUGUUGGUCUAUGUAUGUUUUAGUACUAGUUGAUGAGGAGCCUAGAAGUUUAUGUAAGGUAAUGAGUAAGGAUGUAUUGUUGAAGUUCAAUUUUCGCUGUGUUAGGUUUGAGUGCUUUGAAGUCUUCGUUGCCUCUUUUUUUUGUUUUUAAUUAAUUCUCUACGUAUCAUUAAACUAGCUACAGAUUUCCUAGUAUGCUGAUUCAGUUUUGUCCAGUUAUGGUCACCUGUGUACGAUCCCUGCAAUCUUCUCCCACCGUUAUCCAGCUUACCCUGGAUCGAUUGGGGUGCUUAAGAAGGACAGUUAUACACAUAUACUUAUUGGACGCUAAAAUGAUGUUUUAUUUAUUUAUAAAUAGCCUGUAUGAUUUCGGUAGAAAUAGACAAAUAGUACAUGAGUCAGCCAAUAGGGUGAACACAAGACCUUUCGGUCACAUAAGGCCUCUGAUAUCAUGUCAAGAACCAGUUGAUCCGAAUAACUCAAGUUGUUGGGAGAGGUUCAAUCGUGGAUCAUAUAUGCCAUUCAAGCCCUUGUGAGUGGCUUUCGUUUGAGAGGGCGUGUUAGUGUGUGGUAUAUGAUUCACUAUUGAACCUCUCCCAACAACUCGAGUUAAUGGGACCAACUGGUUUAUGACAUGGUAUCAGAGCUGGUAUGACCAAGUGGUUCUUGAAAAUUAUAAAAACUAAGCGGUCGAAGUUGUGAUUCUUUAAAUUGAUGAAUUCUAUCAAUGUGUAUAUUCUAAAAUGAUGUUUUGUUUGAAUGGUUUAUUUGAAAAAUCACUUUUUUGGAGGUGUAGAUUGUGCUUUUCACAUAUCUAAAAAAGUAAUAUAUUUUUUGGUUUAAAGAAUAUUUGCCCUUCAUUAACUCUUUUAUUCAAGGAGAGAGGAGCCAUGGGUGAGGCUAAUGUUGGAACAAACAAAAAGUAGAAGGGAUAAAAGUGAAAUAAAAAAUGGGUUAAUAUAUUUGUAUGACCUGAACUUUGACCAUAAUAAACAUCUUGGUCAAUCUUUUCGAUCUGUAACAUCCUAGUCCAAACUAUACAUCAAAGUAACGACAUUGGCCAAACUCGAUGUUUGAUCGUUAAAUUAGACGGUCAAAUGUGUUGACUAACGGUCAAUGCGCCACGUCACUGCUAAGUCAACAACUUUCACUUAAUUUUUUUUAUAGUUUCCACCUAUUAUCAUUUUUCCUUUUCAUUUUGAACAAAAAAAAAAAUUAAUCAAAACAAAAAACAACUAUUACAUUUGAUAAAAGUUCCACCAAACUACAUACCCUGUCUAUUACCACUACUUCCUCUUCUACAACCUCUCGCACGUCUACCACUUCCUCUUUGCUGGCUCCCAGCCUCCCACUGCCACUUGCUUGGCCACCACAAGUUGAUGCAGUAUGUCCAGCUACUUCUUCUCUUGGCUAAUCUAUCUCGUUGUGAAUUCUUGUUGUUUGUGGCCUCCUCGGUAGGGAUGGCAAUUUCGACCUGACCCGAUUUACCCGACCUGUUUGGCCUGUUUUGGGCAGGUCGGACCCGCCCCGUAGGCGGGGUGUGGCGGGCAUGGGUACCUCUCAUCGACCCGACCUGCCCUGACCCGCCCCAUUCUCGACCCAUUCUUGCCUAAAUUACAUGGAAUCUUAGUAAAAUUACUUAGCUAUAAUAAAGUUGUAAAUAAGUG